UGUGGUUGUUUUCAAAGAUGGAAAUUUGUUUUGGGAAUGAAUAAUAUAUGUACAUUUAAUAUAUUUUUGGAGGUUAAUGUCAUGAUUAUGGAGCUCACUUAUAAUUUACUAAAAAUUCAAUUAUCCGACGAUAUGGACACUACUUAAUGAAUGCUGUUUGACAAUUGAUGUAACGAAAAGGCUGAUAUUUUUAAUGGGUAAACGUACGGACACAAGUACAGAAGACGAGCUUAGUGUUGAUAUGAAUGAGUUUCCACUACAGAUGAAGCAUAAGAAACAUAAGCAUAAAAAACAUAAAAAGAAGAAGCUAUUAGAUGAAAGUGAGGGUUCGCAGGACUUGUCAUUUGAUGAUGCUGAUACAAGCAAACCAGCUCUUAAGUUAAAAAUAAAAUUUGGAACAGAAACAGGAGAUAAAGGUGCUGGUCAGUCAAGUUCUGCUGACAAAAUGAGAGACAAGGGAUCUCCAGCUAAGUUAAUGGAUAGGUCAGGGCAAGUGGGAUCCUCUCCUAAGGCAUCAAAGAAGAAAAAGGGUAAAGGCAAGGAUAGUGGGACAUCAAGUGAAGAAGAAAGGUGGUUGGAUGCAAUUGAAUCUGGUAAACUAGAAGAGGUAGAUGAUGAACUGAAAAAAAUCAAACCUAAAGAUCCAAAAUUGAUGACAGCUCGACAGAGAGCCAUGUUUGAGCGAAAAACAGACAAGGAACCAAGUCCUGGAGGAGAACAGCUUCUGGCUCUGCCAUCAGGUUACAAGGAAAAAGUCAUGACAGCUGAAGCAAUACAGAAGGCUGCACUGAAGUCUCAGAAACGAAAACAAUUGGCUGAUGAGAAGAGGGAAAAGGACAAGAAAAAAACCAUGGAGAGGUUGCUAAAGAAACAGGAGUCAAAGUCUGGGAAGAGCAGUAACAGAUCACGAUCUGCUCGAAAACAGGUUCCUCGGGUGACGUACCAUAAUACUGUGGAUGGUAUUAGCAUAUCACUCCCUUCAGGUGUGGAUUUCUCUCUCCAUUCACAGACUACUACAGAGAAAUCUGUACUUGUACCAGUGCCAUGUGGAGUGGAAGGCUGCACCAAUAUGAAAAAAUAUUGCUGUUCCAAAACUGGAUUGCCAUUGUGCAGUCUUGAGUGUUAUCAGAAGAACAUUGCAACAGUAAAAAAUUGAAGUUAAAACUGUACAUUUUAAGUUCUCUUCAUUACAUGCUCUCCGUUUCAUAAAUAUGAUUCAUAAAUUAUGUUUCAUACAUAACAGUAAUGCA